AUGGCGAAAUUCUACAAGGAUACCCGGGUCGAUCUCCGACCGCACUCCCCCAGCACCGUUGUUAACAUUCAGAUUCCAACAGAAGCAAGCACCCAAAGCCGAGCUCGCUUCGCGAUUUCCACCUUCACCAGUCAAGAUCUACCGAUAGCGAGAGACGAAGAGGACUUUACCAAGCGGUAUCUGGCGACGCAGGGAUCGAUCUACUUCCGCAAACGCAGUGUCUACCCCCGGGCGUUCCUCUGGCGAGUUGUCGAUGACAACAGGGUUCUGGAAAUUCAAUGUGUCGAUUUGACCAAGGGCGGCGUUGAACACCACGAAUACAAUGUGACACUGCGCUUGGAAUUCGAAGAUGGCAUUGUUCCUUCCGGUGUCGACUUCGCCGAUUUGGAGGAACACGAAGCGUUGAGCGUUUUCGUCAUCACGGCCGACAAGCACCUGCACACCUUGACCCUGCGCCCUGAGUUCUUCCGGAGGACAGAAGCGAUUGACGAGAAUAUCUCUGAAUGGUGCAAGUCCUGUGUUCCCGCGCCGUUGACCUUCACGAACCCCCACCGGCUACACGCGAGCAGCCCGCUGGAGUUAUUCAUCUCUCUCGAUAACGGCGCUCUGCUGCGAUUGACGCGGAAGUCUAGCGAUGACGGUUCGCAUUGGACACCACUUACUUUUGACGAGAGAACAUGGGGCGCAUCGAUCCGCGGCUUGGUCAGGUGGCACGCACAGCCUGCAAUCAGAUACAAGGGGCGCACGCUUGAUACGAACGUCGCGAAUGCCAUAACUACGACAUCCGAUCAGACCUACGUCUUCGCCGUCUGUCUCAACCAUACACUGAAGAUAUGGAACCUCGCAACCAACAAGCUCGCUGCUACGAAGGAUUUGCUGGACCGCGAAGUUCAGCAGCCAGAGGAAUUAUCAUACUCGCUGAACCCUGCCGAAUCUUCGUUCAUCCGGGUCUUCAACAUGGAACGCGCGCUGGAUGGAGGCUACCGCUAUUAUGUCGUCACCUACUCGCCGUUCGAGGAUGGGCGCUUCAAGUUCUGGGCUGUCAAGGGCGGCCUGACUUCGCCGUUGGUGAUUGAGGAUCUGUACCCCGGUGUGGCGUUGAAGCCAGUUGAUCCAGAUUCAACUGGAAGCAUGUUCUGGAGCAUUGCCGAUUUCCAGAUUAAGCCAGCGGAGGAGGGUAAGCGCAUGGAAUUGUGGGUCCUCUGGAGAAACAGCAGCCUGUAUCAAUUGUAUACCCUGCACUUCAGCUUCGAGUCUCUGGCCAAAGACUGGACUUCCAACUGGGUAUCAACCGCCAUGGACACGCGCUGGCAGGAACCCCCACCCGUCAUGGCUACGUCCGAUGUUGUUGACCCGACUGAGAAGUGGUUGGGAUUUCUGUUGAAGCCGAAUAGAUUCUCGCCAGAGGUUCUCGAGACUGCAUUGUCUAUCUACCAAGAGGCUCUUAAACCCAUGUCUUCGGCCGGUUUCCCCAAGCGGACCCAUAGCCUGGAAGAAAGACUCUGUUCCACAAUUGGCACUCAUGUGUCCCUUCGUAAACAUGCUGAUGAUGAGAUGGACUAUACUCGCUAUCGCAUGGACACGGAUUCGAAGUGGCGCCAGUUUUGGCAGAUCGCGGACGAUGUCAAUAAACGCAGAUUCGAACCAGUUUCGCUCGCGUACGAUGCCUAUUACGAAACUCCUUGGAUGCUUCUCUCAGACGGUUGCGCAGUCAUUCGUGAAUGCAGCUCUGCGGAGCUAAUUUUGCACAACUCUGGCCCCGAGCUCCGCUCAGAUGGGUCAGUCAUUGUUGAUCGCUGGAGGCACCGAAAGCUGGAGACGGAGAUUGGUAGUCUAUUCGAGCAAGCGUCUCAUCUGAUUACGGUCGCAUCUGGCUUCCGCAAGGCAUUCUCUGCUGAGCUGGAAGCUGCUUGUCAGGAGGCUCUUGAGGCAGAAAUCUUCACUGAGCCCUCUACGUCCGUGCAAGAUAGGAUGGACACAUUCCGUGAGCGCUGUGAUUUUGGGGAGCAGGUAUCUAACAAAACGUAUGAUGCGUUGGUCGCUGUGAUGAGCGAGCAUCUGAACAUCUCCAAAAUGCCCAACGAUGUGUUCUACACCAUUAUUGAUACUAUUCCGCUCGAUUUCCCAGGCAAGAACUCUGACCUCUUCCACACCCACUUUGGCGUGAAGGUGAUUGUGAAUGGAGUUCAAGAGACCAUCAUACUGACGCGCAAGAUCCUGGCCGACCUUCUAUUCCUUGUUUUGUUUGUGGACGGGGAGGUCGAGCAGGAGGCCGGUUCGGAAUUCGAUGCUGCUGACCUGUUCGUCACGCUGAUUACCCUGCUGAGGGAAUAUGAAAUGAUGUCCUGGCUGAGCUCGCAUUCUCGGAAGUACACUGAUCGAUCAACUAAAACACCCGGUGGAUCUUCGCCUAUGGCCUCGAAGGACUCUUCCCGGAAGAACAAGGGGGAGAGAACGGCCACUAUCCUGGAAGAUCUGUUUGCGAGUGACAUCAAGCCACGCCAAACCAUCGGACUUCCUCAGAGCUACACAAUCACGAUGGGGAUCCGUGAUAUCCUGUCGUGGGUGACCCGUCAAGGCGAGGUGGCCUAUCCCAAUGCCUUGGUCUACAUACAGUGCGACCUCAUUGCUAAGAACAAUAUCGACCUUGCUUGGGAUUUUCUCCGGUUUCAAGCAAGUACGUCCUGGGCGACCUAUGUUAAGGGUCGACUUUAUGCGGCCAUGUCCGAAUUCGACACUGCGGCUAUAUAUUUUCGUAAAGCUGCCUAUCUUCUUUCUUGCGGAAAACCUUUGGGUAAUCUGCACGAAAUGUCGUCGAACUUGCUCGAUAUUGUCGCGGUGGACUGCUUCCACAACGGCCUCCCCAAGUACUUUCAACACAUUGUGACCAUCUUCGAACAUGGGCGCUCGUUUUCGCAUGUUGCUGACUUCGCGAGCCUCGCGCUGCAGGCCCUGGCCAGUGAGCAUGGAAGCCAGCAGCAUGAUGUGGACUACUCUAGCUUGCGAUCGGACCUACUGUCGCGCUUGUUCUAUGCCUCCUUACAGAACUGCCAGUUCGACCAGGCAUACUCUGCUCUUUCCAGAUAUAAGGAUCGAACUCUGCAAAAGUCCGCCCUGGGCUCUCUGAUUACCGGCAUCCUGUCAGCCUCUGGCCCUGGAACUGCGGGUCUCCAGCAGAUUCUUCACUUUCCGACGUCUCUCAUCCCUAAUAUUGCGUCCUACGUCGACGAAACCUUGACCUCACUUGCUCAAAAGCAGACCUCUUUCACCUCUUGCCUCGACUCAGACAACAAAUGGAGCGACAGCACUCCGGACUACCAACGCAUCCUACAAGCCUACCGUAUUGAGAGAGGCGAUUACCGUGGCGCUGCCGAGAUCGCCUACCGGAACGUCCAGCGCCUCCGUCACGCCCGAGACGUCUCCACGCACCUCAUUCUCAGUAGGGCAAGAGAAGCCGACGACACCCACCCAAUCGAAGAGGAUGACCCGGAAAGCAAGGAACUCCGGCACGAGCUUUUGUCGCUAAUCAAUCUCCUUGCAUGCGUCGACAAGAGCGAAUCGUACAUCCUCGUGAACAAGGAAGAACCGCAGCAGCCACCAUCGUCACCGCCUGAGGCCAGACGCCGCAGUUUCCAGCAACACUUGCAACCCGACAACGAUGGCAACGUCAGCAUGGAUGACGCCGUCGCGAUUUCUCCGUCGCCCAACCCCGCCCCCGUGGGUGGCUCCCCCUCCGGGCGCCGCCUCAGCGCUAGCGCGACGGCCAUCCGGCCAUCGAGCCGCCGCGACAGCAAGGCUUCCAUCAGCAGUGCCAUCUCCCACAUUCCUCAGAAGCGGGUAAUAGUGACACUGGACCACCUCCGUCGCGAGUACCAGGCCGAACUGGAUCGGGUCAGUCGGAUCGAACGCGGUGAUUGGGAGUUUGGACUGCUUGACCCAGUUGGUGAUGACGGCCACAACCAUGAUGAGGACACUACGAUGGUGCUCGCUUAGAAUUGCCGUUGUUGUUUAGGCGUGGUUUUCUCUUGUUUCGCGCGUCUGCACUUCGGGC